AUUAUUAAAAAAUAUGUUGAAAGUAAAGUUUAAUAGCAGUUAUAAUAAUAAAGACAAGAACAAUUGCAUACUGAUGUGAAGUUCGAUUUGGUUAGAAGUACAUUUCUAAAACGCAACAACAAAACUUUUUCCAGAAAUGUCAGAUGUUUUACUACAACAGUAUGGAUGUUGGACAAGACUUAUAUCUUGCCUCACACAUUUUGGUCGACCUACAUUGAAUGAUAUCUUGCAUGAUAGAACAUACAGUCAAUUGUCACGUGAUCCCAAACAGCUGUACAACCAGUUGAACACAAUCCAUAUUAAAGAGUUAAGAAGGCUAAGAAAGAAAGGUGUUAUAAAAGAAGAUCAAUGGAAACUUUUAUUUCCAGCUUCAAAAGAAACUGAUUCAACAAAUUUUGAUAUAUCCCUGUGCAGAACGUUGAUUGAAGCUUGUACAAAUAUACCACCACCUGUGAAUGGUUGGCGCAGUCAUCCUGUAAAAGGGGAUACCUCAGAUGCAGCCUAUGUGCUGCGACUUGUAGCUCUUCGUAACAAGCUACACCACCCAACAUUCCUUACAUUGAGUGACGCAGAAUUCAAUACAUACUGGAACAAGUUGAAGAAAUACUUAUAUCGUUUGGGUUGCACUAAGGAUAUACAACAUUUAAAAACAUCACCACUCGAUUGUUUAGGUAUGGAUUAUGUGAAGGCGAAACAAGAUAUGGAGAAACUGGAAAAUGGGUCAAAUGUACAUUUUACGUGGAAAUUUGUAGUCAGAAGCAUUGCCAUAGUUUUCAUUGGUAUUCUAGGUGUAUAUUAUGUUUCUUCAGGUGAUGACAAAAAUGUAAAAGAAGCUUCUGAUCUUUUAAGGCAGUAUUAUCUAGAAGGAAUAGGAAAAGAACACAUUGAAAGUAUAAAUGGACAAACUAUAUCGCGAAAAAGAUUCUAUGUAGACUUAGCAGUUGUGGAUAGCUUAGAUGUUGAUAUUAAUAACACACAUUCUGCUAGAGAGUUUCACAUCAAGCAGAUGUUAUCACAAAAAGGAAAAUGCACCAUGGAAAAUCUUUUGGAAGAAGAAAAUCAAAUUGUUUUGCUUAGAGGUAUUGGAGGAAUUGGAAAAUCUUUUAUGGUACAGACAAUGGCCUUGAAUUGGGCCGAGAAACGUAUUUGGAAAAAUUUUCAAUUUGUUUUUUUAUUCAAGUUUAGAGAAAUGAAUUUAGUUCGCAAUAUUUCAUCGCUCUCUGAUUUAGUCCUGAAAAAGUAUCCGCUCCUGUUUACAAAAAUAAAAUUCACUGACCUUGUUCCUGUUUCAAAAAAAAUUAUUUUUAUUAUGGACGGAUUGGAUGAGUUCAGCCGAGUUGAAGAUUUGCAUAUUAUAUCAAAACAGGAGUCAGACAACGUUAGCGAUAUUUCGAAAGUCAUUUUUGAAACAAUAAAUCCGCAUAAUGCUUUAAUGCCUGGUCAUAAAACAAUUAUUACAUCCAGACCAAAUGCUUGUCCUGUUUUAAGAAAGUCUUUUUCUACGGCUUCAAUUAAACAAGUUGAUAUUCUUGGAUUUAGCUCAGAGCAGGUACUUGAUUACAUUAAUGUUUUUAGUGGAUCAGAUACCAAACUUGGAAACCUUUUACGCAAAAAAAUUGAUGAAUCAAAGCAGUUACAACUCCUUUCGAGGAUCCCAGUUUUUUUGUGGACAAUUUGCUCUCUAUAUCAAGAACAACGACUUCUCCAUGCACCGAAAACAACAACAGAGUUAUUUGUUUGGCAAUUAACGUUGUUUCUUCAUCGACAUUACAAAACCCGACCAAGUAACCAACUUACAUCAAAUGUUUUUGAUAUUUUCAAAGAAAAGUGUGUACAAAAAGUUGUAUUUUCUUUGUCCUUUCUUGCACAAAAGAUGCUUACAGAUGGCGUCAUUCUAAUAGACGUCGCUGACAUACCAAAGGAGAUAAGAAACGAAAAUAUUGAAGCUACUGGUUUAGUUUCAAAACUUCGAACAAUGGAUGGACUUAAGUAUCAAUUCAACCAUCUUUUAAUGCAAGAGUUUUUAACAGCUGUGUACUACUUCUUUCCUGAAGGCAAACAUAAAAAUGACAUUACAUCAAACCCCUCGUUAUCUGGCUGUUUACCACUUGUUUGUGGUCUGCAUGGAGCUUUAAAAGUUAAAUCUGAGUCUUCGUCUAUUUUAAAACAAUUUGUAAAAAAUAUGGGACUUGUUCAACAUGGAAUUAAUCCUCUUAACAACUUGUUAAGAACUAAAAAUCCGCAAUUACUUCAAGGAAUAUUUGAAUACCAAAACAACCUAAGCGAAAAGAUCAUUCAACAGUGUAAACUGAAAUCUGAUUGCAGUGAUUUGUUCUUAACAGUGGAUGCUUCACACACACAAUCUGAGCUUGUGUAUUUUCUUGAAAAAUACAGAAAUGACUUUAAUGUAUUGGGUAUAACAUUUGAACCAAAUCAAGGUGGCGUGUCCUGUGUAGUUGGAUUGUCAAAAAUCAUGUCGGACAUUUGUAGUGUAAGCCGUUUUGUUAUAUGUUCUAAUUCUUUUGAUCAAGGUAGUUUAAAGUAUUUAGUAACUUCAAUACACAAUUGCUCCAAAAACUCGGUUAUUACUUCUAAAUGGUAUUCCAUAUUUUUUGUUUAUUGGGGAGAGGAUUUCGAUAGAGAUUACGGUGAAGUUACUCAAAUUUUGUUCGAUACUUUACUACUUUAUAAACAAGUUCACUUGCACGUACGCUCUCACUCACGACGGGUGAUCUACGAUCUUCGUAAAUCGAUAAUGCGAAACAAAAAUGAAAUGAGAUUAGAAAAGCUACAUUUAGAUAUUCGUGCGAUAAAGCCAUAUUUUUGUGAGAUGUUAGCUGAAAUAUUGUUGCGUGUUAAAGACGUUGAAGUACAGAAAACUAGAAGCGCAUUUUACAGAUUUUCUGACGAAGAAGUAGACUGCUUAAAGCAAACAAUGGACAAAUUGUUGAAAGAAAUUCAAACCAAAUCUAAAUUUUUAAACGGAUCGACUUAUUUAGUACUUGUAAAACUUGUCAUUCAAAAUUGGGAAUUGCAAAUGACUGACACAUCAUGGAUAUGGAAAUAUAAAUUGAAUGAGAAAACGUCAAAUCUCCCGUUUGAAACGAAUGCGUUUGAGGGAUGGUAUAUAGCACUUGUAUUGUUAAUUCAAACUUUACCAUUAUUCCUUAUACUCCUAUGUCUUUAUAAGUUAAAUUUAACACAGGCAAGUAUAUUGAUUGAUAGAGAAUUUUGUGCGGUACUUGUGGCUUACUAUUUUGUCUAUUCUUUGGUAUUAUCAUUUGUAACCUAUAAAUCAUGUAAUGAUGGGCAAUAUUGCGGCGAAUUUAUGUCAAUGUAACAUAAUAUAUGGUUUAACUACGUCAAGUUAUAACACAUGCACAUUGAUCCCAAAACUGAUGAAAACACUGCCUUAGCUUUUUUAAUUUUGUACAUAAUUGUAGUUCUAUUUGUUUUUCAGUUAUAAAUAGUUUUUUGAAUUUUUAUUAUUAUUGUUUGUUAAUUAGAUCCUAUUUUGUCUAUUUAUUUGAUUCUUUGUUUAGUUAUUCUCCAACCGCAUUUUAGUAAUUUUUAAAGA